CCGCCAGGGACGCCUGAGAGGUGUCUCCCACACUCGCCGGGGCUCCCACCGCUGCUAGGAGUGACCCACGCAGGCCGCAGAGAUGGCCGGGGCCUCCGUGAAGGUGGCCGUGCGCGUCCGCCCCUUCAAUUCCCGUGAGAUGAGCCGCGACUCCAAGUGUAUCAUCCAGAUGUCAGGAAGCACCACCACCAUCGUGAACCCCAAGCAGCCCAAGGAGACGCCAAAAAGCUUCAGCUUCGACUAUUCCUACUGGUCGCACACCUCCCCGGAAGACAUCAACUACGCCUCGCAGAAGCAGGUGUACCGGGACAUCGGUGAGGAGAUGCUGCAGCACGCCUUCGAGGGCUACAAUGUCUGCAUCUUCGCCUACGGGCAGACCGGGGCCGGCAAGUCCUACACCAUGAUGGGCAAGCAGGAGAAGGACCAGCAGGGCAUCAUCCCGCAGCUCUGCGAGGACCUGUUCUCCCGCAUCAAUGACACCACCAAUGACAACAUGUCCUACUCCGUGGAGGUCAGCUACAUGGAGAUUUACUGCGAGCGUGUCCGUGACCUCCUGAACCCCAAGAACAAGGGCAACCUGCGUGUGAGGGAGCACCCGCUGCUGGGGCCCUACGUGGAGGACCUCUCCAAGCUGGCAGUCACCUCCUACAAUGACAUCCAGGACCUCAUGGACUCGGGGAACAAGGCCCGGACAGUGGCGGCCACGAACAUGAAUGAGACCAGCAGCCGCUCCCACGCCGUCUUCAACAUCAUCUUCACUCAGAAGCGCCACGAUGCAGAGACCAACAUCACCGCAGAGAAGGUGAGCAAGAUCAGCCUGGUGGACCUGGCCGGGAGUGAGCGUGCCGACUCCACGGGGGCCAAGGGCACGCGCCUCAAGGAGGGAGCCAACAUCAACAAGUCCCUGACCACCUUGGGGAAGGUCAUCUCCGCUCUGGCCGAGAUGGACUCGGGGCCCAACAAGAACAAGAAAAAGAAGAAGACAGAUUUCAUUCCAUAUCGAGACUCAGUGCUGACCUGGCUCCUCCGGGAAAACCUGGGCGGGAACUCGAGGACAGCGAUGGUGGCUGCGCUGAGCCCCGCAGACAUCAACUACGACGAGACGCUGAGCACCCUGAGGUAUGCAGACCGGGCCAAGCAGAUUCGCUGCAACGCCGUCAUCAACGAGGACCCCAACAACAAGCUGAUCCGUGAGCUACAGGACGAGGUCGCCCGGCUGCGGGACCUGCUGUGCGCCCAAGGGCUCGGCGACAUCGCUGACACCAACACUGUGCCCGGAGGACCCAAAUACGUGUCCGACCUUGAGAACAAUAACAUUAACCGUGGCGGGGCGGAGCUGAGUCAAGCCCCUGACAAUCUCUCCACAGUGACCAACGCCCUGGUGGGCGUGAGCCCCUCGUCCUCGCUCUCGGCCCUGUCCAGCCGCGCUGCCUCCGUGUCCAGCCUGCACGAGCGCAUCUUGUUUGCCCCGGGCAGUGAGGAGGCCAUCGAGAGGCUGAAGGAGACGGAGAAGAUCAUAGCUGAGCUCAACGAGACCUGGGAGGAGAAGCUGCGGCGGACGGAAGCCAUUCGGAUGGAGAGGGAGGCGCUGCUGGCCGAGAUGGGCGUGGCCAUGAGGGAGGACGGCGGCACCUUGGGGGUGUUCUCCCCCAAGAAGACACCACAUCUUGUCAACCUGAACGAGGACCCACUGAUGUCCGAGUGCCUCCUCUACUACAUUAAGGAUGGCGUCACCAGAGUGGGCCGGGAGGACGCGGAGAAGAGACAGGACAUCGUGCUGAGCGGGCACUUCAUCAAGGAGGAGCACUGUGUCUUCCGGAGCGACUCCCGAGGGGGCAGUGAAGCUGUGGUGACCCUGGAGCCCUGUGAGGGGGCGGACACCUACGUCAACGGCAAGAAAGUCACGGAGCCCAGUGUCCUGCGGUCAGGAAACCGCAUCAUCAUGGGGAAGAGCCACGUGUUCCGGUUCAACCACCCUGAGCAGGCGCGGCAGGAGCGUGAGCGCACGCCCUGCGCCGAGACGCCCGCCGAGCCCGUGGACUGGGCCUUCGCCCAGCGGGAGCUGCUCGAGAAGCAGGGCAUCGACAUGAAGCAGGAGAUGGAGCAGAGACUCCAGGAGCUGGAGGACCAGUACCGCCGGGAGCGCGAGGAGGCCACCUACCUGCUGGAGCAGCAGAGGCUGGACUACGAGAGCAAGCUGGAGGCCCUGCAGAGGCAGAUGGACUCCAGGUACUACCCGGAGGUGACCGAGGAGGAGGAAGAGCCAGAGGACGAAGUCCAGUGGACGGAGCGGGAGUGUGAGCUGGCGCUGUGGGCCUUCCGGAAGUGGAAGUGGUACCAGUUCACGUCCCUGCGGGACCUGCUGUGGGGCAACGCCAUCUUCCUCAAGGAGGCCAACGCCAUCAGCGUGGAGCUCAAGAAGAAGGACGACGUCUUUCCGGAGCACGUGCUGUGCGACGGCCGGGACCCGUUUUACGACCGGCCCCCCCUGUUCAGUUUAGUAGGAAGGGCCUUCGUGUACCUGAGCAACCUGCUGUACCCUGUGCCCCUGGUGCACCGUGUGGCCAUCGUCAGCGAGAAGGGCGAGGUGAAGGGCUUCCUCCGCGUGGCCGUCCAGGCCAUCUCAGCUGAUGAAGAGGCCCCUGAUUAUGGCUCCGGUGUCCGCCAGUCGGGAACUGCCAGAAUCUCCUUUGAUGACCAGCACUUUGAGAAGUUCCAGUCCGAGUCCUGCCCCGGCGGGCUGUCGCGCUCCGGGACCUCCCAGGAGGAGCUGCGGAUCGUGGAAGGCCAGGGCCAGGGCGCAGACUUGGGGCCCUCGGCCGACGAGGUCAACAACAACACGUGCUCGGCCGUGACCCCGGAGGGCCUCCUGGACAGUCCGGAGAAAGCCGCCCUGGACGGGCCCCUGGACGCCACCCUGGACCAUCUCAGCCUGGGCACCACCUUCACCUUCCGUGUGACUGUCCUGCAGGCGUCCAGCAUUUCUGCUGAAUAUGCCGACAUCUUCUGCCAGUUCAACUUUAUCCAUCGCCACGACGAGGCCUUUUCUACGGAGCCCCUGAAGAACACAGGGCGGGGGCCCCCACUCGGCUUCUACCACGUCCAGAAUAUCGCGGUGGAGGUGACCCGGUCCUUCAUCGAGUACGUCAGAAGUCAGCCCAUCGUCUUCGAGGUCUUCGGCCACUACCAGCAGCAUCCGUUCCCGCCCCUCUGCAAGGACGUGCUCAGCCCCCUGAGGCCCUCACGGCGCCACUUCCCACGUGUCAUGCCACUGUCCAAGCCAGUGCCUGCCACCAAGCUCAGCACGCUGACGCGGCCCUGCCCGGGGCCCUGCCACUGCAAGUAUGACCUGCUCGUCUACUUCGAGAUCUGUGAGCUGGAGGCCAACGGCGAUUACAUCCCUGCAGUGGUGGACCACCGUGGCGGGAUGCCUUGCAUGGGGACCUUCCUGCUCCACCAGGGCAUCCAGAGACGGAUAACUGUGACCCUGUUGCACGAGACAGGCAGCCACAUCCACUGGAAGGAAGUGCGCGAGCUGGUCGUGGGUCGCAUCCGAAACACCCCGGAAACCGACGAGUCUCUGAUCGACCCCAACAUCCUGUCUCUCAACAUCCUCUCGUCUGGUUACAUCUACCCGGCCCAGGACGACCGGCAGUUUCUUGAUUCGGACUUGCCUAGGACCUUCUACCAGUUCGAGGCUGCGUGGGACAGCUCCAUGCACAACUCCCUCCUGCUGAACCGGGUCACCCCUUACCGAGAGAAGAUCUACAUGACCCUCUCUGCUUACAUUGAGAUGGAGAACUGCGCGCAGCCGGCCGUCAUCACCAAGGACUUCUGCAUGGUCUUCUACUCCCGCGACGCCAAGCUGCCUGCCUCGCGCUCCAUCCGCAACCUGUUUGGCAGUGGGAGCCUGCGGGCCUCAGAGAGCAACCGCGUGACGGGCGUGUAUGAACUCGGCCUGUGCCGCGUGGCCGACGCAGGCAGCCCAGGGAUGCAGCGCCGGCGCCGGCGGGUGCUGGAUACGUCUGUGGCCUACGUCCGAGGCGAGGAGAACCUGGCAGGCUGGAGGCCGCGGAGUGACAGCCUCAUCCUGGACCACCAGUGGGAGCUGGAGAAGCUGAGUCUCCUGCAGGAGGUGGAGAAGACCAGGCACUACCUGCUGCUGCGAGAGAAGCUGGAGGCCGCCCAGCGGCCCGGCCCCGAGGCGCUGUCCCCCGCCUGCAGCGAGGACUCCGAGGCCCGCAGCUCUUCCAGCGCCUCCUCCCCACUCGCGGCUGAGGGCCGGCCAUCGUCCCUGGAGGCUCCCAACGAGAGGCAGCGGGAACUGGCCGUUAAGUGCUUACGGCUCCUCACCCACUCCUUCAACAGAGAGUACACCCACAGCCACGUCUGCAUCAGCGCCAGCGAGAGCAAGCUCUCCGAGAUGUCUGUCACCCUGCUCCGGGACCCAUCCAUGUCCCCUCUGGGGGCGGCCACGCUCACCCCCUCCUCCACCUGUCCCUCUCUGGUCGAAGGGCGGUACGGAGCUGCUGACCUGAGGUAAGUGAGCUCCAGGCUCCCCGAGAAACUUC